AUGAUGUACUUAUUAUUAAAUAUAUUAAGCUUAGUUACUGUUUUAUCUGGAAGGAAUUUGUGCAAAAAUGGUGGAGAAUGGGUUGCGCAUGCGUGUACAUCAGAUUCCCAAUGCGAACCCUACAAAGCGAGGAGCACAGAUCGCGUUGCCUGCAUUGAAUCAGAAUGUUGUACUAUUCCUUGUUCUAAUAACGGUUCUCAUACUGGUAAAACAUGUUCGAGAUCUACUGACUGUUUACCGUCUAAGGAAAAAGUUGCUUGUCUACAAAAACUGUGUUGUACUGUACCUCAGAAAUGUCCAUAUGGUGGCGAAGUAAUCGGUUUGCAAUGCAAAACUUCAAAGUCAUGUCAAUUUUUGGCACCGGGAAUACCUGUAUUGUGCUUACAAGGCAACUGCUGUGCUUAUCAUGUCCUCACCCCCUUUUAG